CCCUUCUUACUAAGACUCACGGGAAGGCGCUGGAAGGUUUAGAGUAAAAAGAGGGCACCAUGAGGAGGUUUUUCCGAGCGCAGAGGGACGAGGACUACAGCCAGAUCCAGUAUCUGACUGCCAAGUGCACCCGUUUGGCUCGUGACAAAGCCCUGUCGGACAGAGAGGUUCUGGUGUCCAGAGAGCGGGAGAAGAAGCUGCAGAAUGACUUCCAAACUGCGGCGGCUCAACUUUUCCACCUGGAGAAGACAAACUCAGAGCUCAGGCGGACACAGGAGCACCUGGUCGCCACCAUCCAUCGGCAGCAGGAGCUGGUGGAGAGCUUGCAGCGUCGUGCGCUUCUUCUGGUGGAGGAAAGCGAGCGGGACGCGGAGCUGCUGCGUCAGGUGGCUUCGGAGCUCCUGUGCCUUCAGAGCACCGAGGUGCAGCUGCAGGGCCUGGUGGAGGAGCUGCAUGUGGAGGCCCGGCGCGCAGGCAAAGCGGAUGACGGCCUCGGGGCGGAGCUGGACGCCGAGGCCCACUGCAGAGAUGCGCUGACAGAGAGCCUCCUGGCAGAGCUGCAAAGGAAGACGGUGGAGUUAGAAGAGCUUCGGGUCGCCAACAAGAUGCUCGUGGAGGAACUGAAGGCUUCACGCGUUGCACAUGAAGAGCAGGUGAAGGCUCUGCAGGGGCAGAACGAGAGCGGCGUGAAGAAGCUCCAGGAAACGUUGGAGCAAUUGGAGCGGCUGUGUCAGCAACAACGCUACUGGAUGGCACACAUCAGGAGGUUCAAAGACCGCCUGAUGGAGGAGAGAGAAGCUCUGCUGCAGCAAGUCCGCACGCUGGAGAGAGAGGCAGGAGACCGGAAGAAGUCACGUGAUCGCUGUCGGCAAAAGACCCAACGUCGCCCCCUGCAGGAUGCUGGCUCUCAUAGAGGCGUGUCCUCGUGGGACGCCGAUGAAGAGGCGGAGCUGGACCCUGAGGAGAUGACGCCACAGAUCACGGACGACGAGGCGCACCGUGUGAAGGAGUUGGCGUGGUCAGUGACACAGGUGCGUGGAGGCCGUCUAUCAUCCGCAGCGGACGCUUGCGCUUUUGGCAGCACGCGGUGAUGUAAAUCUUUCACAAGGCGGGGAGUCCUGUCAACAGAUAUCAAAAACCUCCUUGAGGAUUCAAACCUGCAGCCUGGACAAGGUCACCUUCUUCUUCUCUUCUGCUUCUGCAAACCUCACUGCGUAACAAAUGACUUUAAUGUCAAAAUAAAGGCAUUCAUUCGUCAUCUGGAACCUUCCACGAGUCUUCACCAUUCCUCUAUUAAGUAACAAACCUGCUCACGUAAAUCUAGUCAAGUAAAGAAUGCGCAGUGAGCGAACUAGCUUGGCUAGCCAACAAUGACAGAUGUUGCGACAGUAGAUGUUUCUGUAUUUUUAAUUUCACCGGUCAAGCUUCUUAACGAGCGAGUGAGAUAAGAACAUGUUGGCUAGCUAGUAAUAUUUUCUGGAUAUUUAUAUAUAUCUCCUGAGCCAGUCCGCUGGCUAGCCAACAAGAAAUGCAACUGUAACCUUUACAUACAUUUGCCUGUCUCAGAGCUAGUUGGCCAGCUAGCUCAAGGCUUGAUGUAAAUUGUACAUUUGUUUGUUUUUCAAAAUCGACAACAUUUUUUCUGUAUUUAUUGAGCAAGUGAGCUAGCUAGCGCUAGAUUUAUCUGUCAAGCGCAACGCUCGAAAUAACAAUUUAUCUAGAACAGCUAGCUAACAAGAAAUGUGCUCAAUGUAACUUUUUUCCCCCUACAAUCAAACAGUUUUUCUAUCUAUUUUUUGAGCAAGUGAGCUAUGGCUAGCUAACAAAAAAAUGGAGCUAAAUGUAGUACAAUAGUCCUGUAAAUGCACAAGGCUAGAAACAGCUUUUCUAUUUGUCUGACAACAGCUUUAUCCAUCUAUCUAUCUACAAUAUCCAGCAAGUGAGCUAGAGUGCUAGUUAGCUAACAACAAUUGUUUUAGUGAUUUGUCUAUCAAGUAACUAGCUAGCUAGCAAAAGGCUAGAAAUAACUUUUUUUGUUAUUUGUCUCGAUAGCUAUAUCUAUCUAGCCAUCGUUCUAUCUAGCAAGUGAGCUAGCUGGCUAACAAAAAAUGUAAAUAAAUGUAACGUUUUUACAGAUUUAUGUAUCAACUAACUAGCUAGCUAGCAAAAGGCUUGGAGUAACCUUUUAAAUGUGAUUAAAAUGGCUAGCUAGCGACAUAGUUUUCCUAUCUAGUACAGUUUGCGAGUAUUGAACGAGUCAUGAUUCACUGAAUUGGGACUCAUGGGUACUUGUCGCUGUUAACUCGUUCAUAUACUCACCCCUACUACCGCCUAGCUAAAUUAAAAACGGAAAUCUGUGCGAGUCAGUAAAAGGAAUGGAGUUUCCCCAUCACUACUAUCUACCGAGAUGAAACAGUUCGUGUAUUUUUAAUUGGAUAUAGCUAUCGAGGAAGCUAGCUCGCUAACGAUGAGAGAUGCUGUGUUCACUGUAGUGGAAAUAUGGUCAGUAAAUAAUACUAUUGUGCUGCUAGCAUGCUAAACUAGAACGGUUAGUUUUUGUAAGGUAUUAAAGGUAUUUAGAAGGUUUUCUUUGGGUCACUUUGGGUCCCAGACGUAAACGGGUUGUCCAGAUGGAAAGCAGACUCGUCGUCAUGUGUGAUCCACAUGCUGAAAAAAACACAAAAAGGGCCCAGAAGCAACUCACAGAUGAUGCAAAUAUUUUGGAUGAAACGUCUUCCAUGUCGCAAUGGGACUCUUGGGAGCUGAAAAGCUUCUGUCCAACAAGCAGAGGUGGAAUAGCUUCUAUUUUUUAUGGAUGCAAAUUCCAUCAUAUAGGCUGGACAGCGAUGUGACAGGAAAAUAUGAACAAAUACUUCACUACUUUUGCUUCUCGCUGCUCUUCUGUAAACACCAGGAUUCUUUUUAUUCUGUCUGAGCAAAAAUACGAUGUAAAUAAUGCCAGGAAUGCACCAUAAUAACAAAUAUACCAGCUAAUGUACACACUAAAUACAUCAAGUAUGCUUUUUAAAAAUGAGUACUUUUAAGUUUAAGACCCAAUGAAACUAUUCUUCUUGCCCCAGAAACAAAAACACUACAGUCCUGACGUCUUAUGUCAUCUACCGUGAACCAGGAAGUAGCCUGCUAGCAUACGCACAAACUAAACUCAAUUUAGAAUUCCCCCCCUUAUGUUGAGGAAUUUAUUUCCUUUUUUUUCCUAUUUGUGUUGUUUAAAGUCCAGAUGAAACCAUUUCUUUCACUCCAGAAACAAAAAUGCUACAGUCCCAUCAUCUUGGGUCAUCUAUCGUGAACCAGGAAGUAGCCUGUUAGCAUACGUAUGAACCGACAAACCCAAAUUUAGCAUCUUCUCCCUUUUGUUGAGGAAUUUAUUUCCUAUUUUCGCUGUUUAAGUCCCAAUGAAACCAAUUCUCUUGGUCCAGAAAAAGAAAUGGUCCUGUCCCGUCAUCUUGGGUCAUCGACUACGAACCAGGAAGUAGCCUGCUAGCAAACACAAAUGUAGCAUUUCCCUCUUUUUGUUGAGGAAUUUAUUUCCUAUUUUUGAUAGAAACUCGCCCCAGAAACAACAAUGGUACCGUCCCGUCAUCGACCAUGAACCAGGAAGUUGCCUGCCAGCCUACGUACGAACUAACAAACCCAAAUUUAGCAUUUUCUCCUUUUGUUGAGGAAUUUCAUUCCUAUUUUCGCUGUUUAAGUACCAAUGAAACCAUAACACCGCCCCCCCCCCAUGCCCCGUCAUCUUGGGUCAUCGGCCGUGAACCAGGAAGUAGCCUGCUAGCAUACUUACAAACUAACAAACACAAAUGUAGCAUUUCCCUCCUUUUGUUGAGGAAUUUAUUUCCCCUUUUUUUUUUUGUUUAAGAUCAAACAAUUUCUCUCGCCCCAGAAAAGGAAAAGGUACCGUCCAGUCGUCUUGGGUUAGCUACCGUGAACCAGCAAGUAGCCUGCUAGCGUACGAAAAAACCAGAAAUGCCGCGAUUUGAUCACUUUUGCGAGAGGAAUCUAAAUUGACUUUUUGAUGUUGACCUCGUGAAGGAAAUGUUCUCAAUAAAAUUGCACGGUCUGGUCGUCUUACGUCGUCCCCCUUGAACCAGGAAGUAGCCUGUUAGCAUACGGAUGAACAAACACAAAUUUUACACUUUUCCUUUUGUUGCGAAUUUUUUCCCCCUAUUUUUGCCAUUUCCGUCACACUGGACCACUUCCUCUCACCCCAGAAGCAAAAAUGGUGCCGUCUGGUCAUUUUACAUCAGCUACCGUGAACCAGGAAGUAGCCUGCUAACAGACAAACGACCGAAUAAACACAAAGUUAGCAUUUCCCCCUUUUUUUGAGUAAGUCGUUUUACAUUUUUGCUGUUCGAGUCACAAUGUAACAAUUUUUCACACCCCAGAAUAAAAAUGUUACCAUUGUCGUAAAUCGGGGGUGUCCAAAGUGCCGCCUGGGGGUCAUUUGCGGCUCGCGGCUAAUUAUUUUCAUUUUUUUGUUCAAUAGAAUUUAGCAAGAAAAUCCAGCAGAAAAAUAGAAAAAUCAGCAGCAAUAAAGCCAAAAUAUGAUGAGAAAAGUUGUUAAUUUGAGCAGAAUAGCAUUGAAAUAUUGUUGAAAUAUUGUUAAAUAACAAUGUUGAACUUCUAAAGACAAAAAGACGUUAUUUAAAAGUUGUAAUGCUAUGAGAAACAAACAAAACAAGUAAAGUUGGAAUUUUAGGAAAAGUAGGUUGGGGAAAACGUUCGAAUAUUUCAAAAAUAAAGCCAAAAUAUUGCAUGAAUAACGUCCUAAUUAUGAGAGUCAAAUAUUCAAGAAGAAAGUUGAAAUAGCUGGAAAAUAAAAAUUAAAAAACGCUGGAAAAAACAGCUGUAAUUUGAUGAGAAUGACGUCAAACUAUUCCGGGAAAAAGACGUGUUCUAACCAGAAAAAGCUGUGAUAUUAAGAGAAUAAAAGAAAAAAAUAACAUCAUUUUAGUAGGAUAAAAGUGGUCGUUGUUGUAAAAUGAGGUAACAAUAUUACGGGAAUAAAGUCGUAAUUAGGACAAAAUGUAAAGAGGAAGUUGCCAGGUGUCCAUCAUGGUGCCAACGUUGUCGUGCGAGUCCACCCUGAACAUGCUGCUGACCCGCGGCGGCGUGCUGUCGGAGCGUGACGCCAGGGGCCCGGACGGCCGCUUGGACGGUGGGGUGCACAGGUGAAAUGCGGCGGCGGCAAAGGCGGUUCCAGUCGCUGGGCUAGCAAAAGUCUUGCUAUUGUCGUACGAGGGCCAACAUCAGCGGCCUGGAGGACAGAUGUGUUCCAUCCGGACUUGGCGUUCCCGUCUGCCGACUGUUUACACUGGCGCACCCGCGUUCCCCUCGCAAACCGUGACGAGCGUUCACGCCGGCCGUGGACUUGAAAAGAUUCAUCAGAAGCUUCGUUCAGACCAGCGAGCGUUGGUCUACUUUGUGUCAAACCUGAAAUACUCGAGCAGCUUUUCUCCUCUUUGUCUGCUUCCUUUUCACACGCGUCUCAAAGACAGCAAAGGACUCGUCAGGCAGGAAUCCUCGGAGCCGUCAAAUGUUUUCAUGCACUUUUACAUUUCUUUCACACCACUUUCUUCUCUUCUUACACCCAAGGAAGCCAAUAAGUAAGAGGCCGACGCCCUGCAGGCGCCAUCGUGGCCCUAAAAGAACGUCUGCACGUCCUGCACUCCUCGAUUCCUCUCACUGGCUUGGCUGUACAACCAUGUGAUUUCUCACAGCCAAUCACAACUUAGACCUUAUUAUUAUUAAAUACUCAAAUUAAAAAUGUUAACUAUAAAUGAUAAGUAACUAAUGUGUAGAAAGUUUAAAGUACUUUAACGAGUCAGCAAAAUUUGUAAAAUAUAUAUAAUUGGCAAAUAAUAAAGUUGAAAAAAAUUCAAAAAUGAAAAUAUUAUUGAAAUUACUUUGACAAGCC